AGCACUGCGGGGUCUGAGCUGCCUCACAGUCUCUCACACACUUGUUAUUCCUAUCAACUUUUUGCCUGUCUGAUAUUUUUUUUUCUCUCCUGCUAUCACUUAUCUUGCUUCCAGGGGAUUUGAUUCCUGUUCCUCUGCCCAAUAAAGACAGAAGGAAGGAGGAGAGAGAGAGAGAGAGAAAAGAAAUCCAUAAACCCCAGUCAUGAUGAAGAGCAUGCACCUGACCGGUGGGAAACUACACACACCAAGCAAAAGAAAUCCAGAUGUGAAUGGAAAUACUGGGGAUAUUUUUUGACUCUGUGUAUAGGACAAGACGGCAGACAGGAUACAGCUUUUUUUUCUCCUGGAUCUCUGGACUGAAUUAGCAGAGCCUGCCAGGUCAUCUGGACUUUAAGAUAUACAUCAUCAGAAUAUAAAAUUGGACUUUACAUACAGGAGAAGCUAGGACACGUCUAGAGGAGUUUGGGGAUUUUGCAGCCCCCGGAAGACUUAAUCUGCCAAAGGACAUAUGUGCAUGGAGUCUGAGAGAGGAAUACAGCUGAGUUAUUUGCAGGUGUAGUAGGAGCAGGAUAGGGACCCCAGCAGUAUGCAUACAGUAGGAAGCAAGACGGAUGGGUUGAAAGUCAGGACAGAGUGUCAGCUCUUCAGCACUUUCACUCUGCAGCUGCUGCUGCUGUUGCUCUGCUCAGAAUGCUGCUGUAGGGCUCAGGUGUACAAUCUAAGUUUGGCCGUAGAUGAGGGGCUGCCCCCUGGUACGUUAGUAGGGGACAUCCGUGCAGGCCUUCCAGAGGGAAGCCCAGGACAAGGCUUUUUUCUGUCAGAGGAAGAUGGAGAGUCGCUUCUUCUAAGGGACUUCCAGGUGGACUCAGAGACUGGCAUUGUAAGUACAUUACGGGUUCUGGAUAGGGAGAGAAGGGGACGAUACAGCUUUGUGGCAGCUACCCUGCAAGGGGAGGUGGUGCAAGUGGAGAUCCUUGUACGGGAUGUAAAUGAUCACUCUCCAGCCUUUCCUGUACACUCCUUGCGGUUGCAGGUCUCUGAACUCACUCCACCUGGUACUUCCUUUAGACUGCCUGCAGCCUGGGACCCUGACACUGGAGAACAUGGACUAAAGGGAUAUGUUUUACUAAGGGGCAGCCAGGAGGCAGCUUUUAUUAUCAGGUAUGGACAUGGAAAGCAAGGUUCAGGGUUUAAAAAGGAUCUGCCUUUCUGGGGGCAAACUGGGGAACGUAGUGAUAGAGUGAAGAGUUAUAGAGCAAGAGUGAGUAGAAGUGUUUGGGAAGAGGCAACAGAAGAUGAACAGUGGGGUACAAGUGGAACCACAAGGUCUAAAAGUAAAUCAGCAGAAAACCAAAAAUCCACUGAAUAUAUCGAUCUUGAUGUGGGUGAAAGAAGAUUACAGUUUAGUGCACACACCAUUAAUGACGGCAAUGCACAUGGUGUGGUUAGAGGCCUUAUGCAGGAAUUAGAUACCAAAAGACAAGACCAUGGCAUAGAUUAUUCUGCCCAGUGGCAGGCCUAUGCUUCUGAACUACAUGUAAAUAAAUUUGCCACUGCUUCUGAGGGACACAGGGACAGAGAGGAAAACAGUUCCCAUGAAGAGGGGAUGGGAGAAGGGGUUGUAGCUGACCCUGCUCUUCAUCCUCUUGAUCUAGUAUUGAUACAAUGGUUAGACAGAGAAGAGCUGGAUAAUUACCAAUUAGAGGUGGAAGCUUUUGAUGGAGGUAAUCCCAGAAAGACUGGAAGGUUAAUUGUUGACAUUGUUGUAAUGGAUGCUAAUGACAAUCCCCCAGUUUUUGAACAGCUGGAGUAUAAAGGAAGGGUAUGGGAGAAUGCCCCUAUAGGUACUUCUGUAUGUACUGUUCAUGCCACUGACCCAGAUUUGGGUAGUAAUGGAGAGGUUAGAUACAGUCUACGAUAUGGUGAGGACUACUUCACUGUAGAUGAUAUAAGUGGUGUGAUUAGUGUAUGUGGGCCCCUGGACAGAGAGCAAAGAUCUCUUCAUCAACUUGUGGUGCAAGCUAGAGAUUGUGGUGACCAGCCUGAGGUUACGAGUAUCUUGCUAACAGUGAAGGUGCUAGAUGUUAAUGAUAAUAACCCAGCCAUACACAUCACACUUCUCACUGAAAGUGGUAGACCUGAGGUUUCUGAGGGUGCUAGAAUUGGGGAGUAUCUAGCUAGAAUAUUUGUUUCUGAUCCUGACUUGGAAUCUGAAGAUGAAGUUUGGGAAGAAGUUAAUACAGAAGGAAGGCUAAUGCAGGAAAAUAAUGAAAAGAGGCCAGAAGAAGACCCUAAAAUACAAAGGGUGACUGCAAAGAUAAUUGAUGAGCAGGAUAAUGUGAUGCACCAUUCAAUAUCAACCAUAGAACCACUGAUUAUGAGCACACAAACUCAAACACCUCAGGACAAAGAAACCAAACAUACAAUGAGUAAUGAACAACCAGAUGAAAAGGUGUAUAGUAAGCAGGUGGAGAAAAAGUGGCGUGUAUCUAGUGAGCAACAGCAUGUGUCUGUCAGGCUGGAAGGUGGGGAGGGAUCCUUUUCUCUUCAGCCUUCUGGACCCCAACUUUUUUUCUUAUGUGUCGAGGCACCCCUGGAUCGAGAGCUUAAGGACAUGUAUGAAUUGCAAAUACUUGCUUUGGAUGCAGGUUCCCCUCCGCUAAAGAGUCACAUGACCUUGCUGUUACGUGUCACAGACUUGAAUGACCAGCCACCGAUAUUCUUGCAGCCAGAAGGCUACCAGGCUACUAUAUCGGAGGCUGCAUCAAUUGGAACUGCUGUAUUAAAGCUCAGAGCAAGGGACUUGGAUGAAGAUGGCCCAAACUCGAGGGUAACUUACUCUCUCCAGGAGAGCCCAAAUUCUUCAACAUUCAUCCUGGAACCGGAUACUGGAGUUCUGAGCAUUACACAAUUAUUGGAUCACGAAUCAGAUCCAGUUUUGAAGCUGGUAGCGGUAGCAGCAGACCAUGGCAGCCCUCCCCUUUCUUCUAGUUGUACCAUUACUAUUUCUGUGGAAGAUACCAAUGACAAUGAUCCAAUCUUCUUGCAGCAGUUCUACAAUAUAUCUCUCCAGGAACAUGCUGCUUUAGGACAUUGCUUCCUUCAGGUUAAAGCCACUGAUGCUGACUCGGGUUCCUUUGGCCAAAUUCACUAUUCUGUUUAUGAUGGAUUUCACAAUGCGAAGGAAUCACAAAGCUUUACGAUUGAUCCAGAUUCUGGACGUAUCUGUGUAUCCAAUGAUAUAGACAAGGAAAGCGGGACAGGCAGUUAUGAUCUUCUUGUCAAAGCGGAAGAUGAGGGUGGGCUAAGUGCCCAAGCCUUUGUUCGAGUUGACAUUGAAGACAUAAAUGAUAAUGCCCCAGUGUUUGACCCUUCUACAUAUGUGACAAGCAUUAGCAGCCACACCCAGCCAGGAACAGAGAUCCUAAAUGUCAUGGCCACUGACAGAGAUGAAGGAUUGUUCGGUGAAGUGACGUAUGAACUUCUAUCAGGAGAACACUCGUCUUUCUUUACCAUUGACUCAUCUACAGGAAUUAUCUAUUUGAUCUCUGUGCUUAGUCACUUGGAAGAUUCCUGGGUGUCCUUGUCUGUAGCUGCUCGGGACAAUGGUGGUCUUACGUCUGCUGUGAAUGCUGCUGUCACCAUGAACAUCCUGAAAACUGCCACAGCUCCUGCAAUAUUUGAAAAGUCCCGGUACACUUUUGUGAUUGCAGAAGAUGUGCCAAAAGGUAGUGCUGUUGGUACAGUCAAAGCUAGAGAACCUUUAUAUUCACUGGAGCCAAUUUCUUACAGAAUAAUAUCUGGGAAUGUGCAUCAGAUGUUUACUAUCCACUCUCAGUUUGGUAUCAUCAGAACAGAAAAGGAGCUGGAUUUUGAGACUCUGCCUCUGGUGGUGCUCACGGUUCAGUCGCUAUUAGGCAGCUCUUCUGUCUUCAGCAGUACUCAAGUCAACAUUACAAUUGCAGAUGCUAACGAUAACCCACCAGUUUUUUCUUCUGAGUAUGAAAAUAUAACUGCACCCCAAAAUACCUCUCCUGGAACUGCUCUAUAUAUUGCUCGGGCAACAGACAUUGAUAGUGGAUUCAAUGGACAGAUCUCAUACAUUAUUGCAAGUGAACAUCAAGACCUUUUUAUGAUUGACUCUACCUUUGGGGUUUUGUACCUGAAUGCUGCAUUGUCUACGGGUAGUGAACAUGUUCUUCUUAUAUUGGCUGAGGAUUAUGGUCAUCCUGUACUCAGUUCUCUUCUUACACUGACCAUUACUGUGGAGCAAGGAGAGCAAGUUAAUGCUUUGACUUUUGUUAACUUGGUGCACCAAACAGAAAUAAGUGAAACCCUUCCGAUUUAUUCCCACGUCCUACAAGUGAAAGCCUAUACUCCUCACCUGCCAAGUGCAUCCUAUAAAAUAAUGUAUUCCUUGAGCCCAACUAUUGAUUCAGCUCCAUUUGAAAUCCACCGGAGCACUGGAUGGAUAUUUUUGCGUCGGUCUGUUGACUAUGAAAAGUCUAAAACCCAUAAUCUAAAAGUGGUGGCAACAAGCGUUGACCGCAAAGACCCGCAAACUGCAACAGCUUCUGUCAUUGUCAAAAUUCUUGACGAAAAUGAUAACAAUCCUUCUUUUGAUCGUGCAACACAUUUUUUCACUGUCAGUGAAAGUCCAGUCCCUCAUGGCGUAAUCGGCUCAGUUCAAGCAUUUGACAGCGAUUCUGGGACUAAUGGACAUCUAUCAUAUUUCCUCUUGUCUGAAGAAAACAAUUUCCUUAUUAGUUCUAAGACAGGUGAAAUUAUAAAUUGUGCCUCAUUAGACCGUGAGCGGAAAACUCACCAUGAGCUCAACAUAUUAGUGACUGACAAUGGCUCACCACGUCGCAAUGCCACAACCACGGUUUACGUUUUAGUAGCUGACCUUAAUGACAAUAAGCCAUAUUUUCCUCAGUUACCUUUAGGAAAACCGCUUCAUGUCAAGGUCAUGGAAGGGCAAACAGAACCUAUGCUGGUGGCAACAGUAUAUGCAAAGGAUCCAGAUGUGGGAAACAAUGGAACAGUUGUGUACUUCUUUGCCUCAGAUGAAAGUCUUGGUCAUUUCGUUGUUAAUGCCAGUACUGGUGAAAUAUGGACAACCCAGGCUCUUUCUGUACAGCUGAGGCCACAAUAUGGACUAACAGUGACAGCAAGUGAUCAAGGCACCCCUCCUCUUGUGGAACAUGCAGUUGUUAAUAUUGAGGUUAUUCCGGAGAAAUCUAAGCUUUAUUCCAAAAUAAGAAAACUGAAAGUCCCUGAAAAUAUUUACCCCACCCAAAAAAUUACAUCUGUUAUCUCUCCUGAAGAAAAGCUGUUGAUGAGCAAUAUAAUGCAUUACAGGCUUACUAAUGAAGAACACAAGGGACAUUUUGCAGUUGACAGUUCCACCGGAGAUGUGUAUGUUUCUAGACAUCUAGAUUUUGAAACAGUCUCAUACUAUGGAUUAAGCAUUGUCAUACAAAAGAGUGAUCAGAUAUCUCCUCAGAAUCUUUCUGCUUUCCUUACCAUUUAUAUAGAAGACAUAAAUGACCAUCGUCCAUUGUUCCCUGAUCACGUGUUAGUUUUAGGUGUUGAUGAAGACGUACCUGUUGGAACUCUUUUAUAUACCUUUAAAGCUAAUGACAAAGAUGGCACUUUACAAAAUAGCCAGAUGAGGUAUACCUUAAACUUUAAUGGAACUGGACAGAAUCCAUUUUUAAUCCAUGAAUGGUCAGGUGCCUUGACCACCACCGAUGAACUGGACCGAGAGACAGCAGAGUCAUUUGUUCUUACAGUAACAGCAACAGAUCAAGCUGCCAACAUAUCACAGCGCCAAUGGAGCUCAUUAAUUGUAAGGAUUGUCAUACAGGAUAUCAAUGACAGUCCUCCGCAGAUUGUAUCAUUGCCAGUUGCCUCAGUUAUGGAAGAUGAGCGAAUUGGCUGUCUUGUCCAUCGUAUUGUAGCUGAGGAUCCAGAUGAGGGAAGAAAUGGGAAAGUAGGAUUUCACAUUAUAGAGGGGAAUGCACAGCAGGUCUUCCUUUUGGAUCAGACAACAGGAUGGCUGACCUUACACUCUAAAAUAGAUCGAGAAGUCCAAGACCAUUAUAUUUUGACCGUCUUAGCUUUGGAUGAUGGAACCCCAUCCCUUUCUGCAACACAGACAUUAACCAUCAGUCUUAUUGAUGUCAAUGAUCAGACACCAACAUUUAAGCAAAGGCUGUAUGAGGCUGCUGUUCCAGAAAAUCAAGAUCCUGGACUAUAUGUCAUAAACGUGACUGCUGUGGACUAUGAUUUCGGAAACAAUUCCGUUCUCACAUAUGAGAUUAUGCCAGGACCAGCGUAUGGACAUUUCCAUAUAAAUCAGGAAACUGGGGAGUUGGUAACUGCAACAGUUUUUGAUAGAGAACAACUGGAUCAUUUUGUCAUUGAAGUGCUUGUGAAAGACGGUGGAUCCCCUCCACUUUCCAGUACAACAGCCAUUCUGUGCUCAGUAUUAGAUGACAAUGAUCACACCCCAGAGAUUUUAUUUCCUGAUGUCGAGAUUCGGGUCCCCGAGAACCAAGAUCUGGGAAUUAUUCACACAGUGUUGGCUGCUGACAAAGAUGCAGGAAACAAUGGCCGCGUUCAUUUCCAAAUAACUGAUGGAAACAUGGGCGGAUACUUUGCCAUUAAUAACACGUCGGGACAGCUAUGGGCCACCCGCACCUUAGAUAGAGAGGAUGUCAGCAGUUUUACCAUUACUGUGGAAUGCCAUGACCUGGGCAGUCCUCAUAGAAGCGCCAUUGCCAAGCUUCACAUUACAGUCUUGGAUGAAAAUGAUAAUCCGCCUACGUUCCCUAAGAGCCAGUACCGCACAUCAGUCAGGGAGGAUUUAAAGAUUGGAUCUGCUGUUCUUAAACUUCAGGCUUUCGAUGCAGAUGAAGGUUUAAACAAGGAAAUGAUGUACUCUUUAAUCGAUGACACUCAGGGGGCUUUUACUGUAAAUAGGACAACUGGAAAUAUUGUGACUUUAAGAACUGUGGAUAGAGAAGUCAAACACCAGUAUGUAUUUACGGUUAUGGCAAGUGACUGCAGUUUACAUAACCCGAAAAGUGCCACUGUAAAAGUUCUAGUGUACAUAGAAGAUGUAAAUGACAAUAGUCCCGUUUUUACGGAAAAUCCUGUUCAUGUUCUUAUCUCUCCUAAAAUACCAGUAAACAAGACUUUAGUUAAUGUACAUGCCAGCGACAUGGACUUGGGUCUCAAUGGCACAGUGAUUUAUACUUUGGUAAAACCUAAUCCAUUCUUUCACAUUACCCAAGAUAAGGGUGAAGUGAAACUACAAAUGCCCCUCCCAAUGGAAUUCAGUAGUACAAUUCUCCAAGUGGAAGCUUCAGAUCUGGGCAUCCCGUCAAACACGGUCACAGGUUUAGUGGUCAUUGAUAUACAAGGCCUGGAUAAGGAAAUUGCCUUUGUGCACAACUUCUAUGAAGCCAUUAUAUUGGAAAACAGCGAGACAGGAACUUCAAUUGUCACUGUAAAAGCCCUCCAUCAUAAUCCAAAUGGUGAAAUAAUACACUACAAAGUUUUCACUGGAGAUAAAGAAGGGGCUUUUAAAUUAAACCCUAUAACAGGAGACCUUAUGGUAGAAGAACCCAGGCUCCUUGAUUUUGAAGCUGUCAAUAAGUUCAAUUUAAUCGUCUCAGCUGAUAUCAGUCAGUUUGUCACAUACUGCAGAGUAACUGUCUUCGUCCAAGAUGACAAUGACAAUGCACCUGUUUUUGACCAACUGAAUUAUAUAUCAUUUGUAUUGGAAGGCCAACCGUACAAUACGUUUGUAAUACAGGUUUUUGCUGCAGAUGCAGACAGUGGAAUAAAUGGGCAGAUUGAUUAUUCAAUAAUUAGUGGUAAUGAAAACAAUGUGUUUGUUCUUGAUUCAAGGCAUGGCAUCCUUUCAACCAACGUAAUUCUUGAUCGGGAAAUAAAAUCCUCCUACAGGUUGACAAUUCGGGCAUCUGAUCGAGGUUCUCCCAGUUGCUCUUCAACAAGUGUAGUCACAGUAUUGAUUCUGGAUAUCAAUGACAAUGCACCCACUAUCCCCCCUAUGAAUGCUGUGUGGAUUGCAGAAGAUGCUGCUCCUGGAUACAGUGUUGGAAAUAUUUCUGCAAAUGAUGUGGACUUGAGGCCAGACUUGUCUUAUACUUUUACAGAAAAUGGAAAUCCAGGUUUGAAAUUUGCCAUUGACAGAUUUUCUGGAACUAUAACGCUAGUAGAGUCAUUGGAUUACGAAGAAUCAUCUCAACACUGUCUAAGGAUCCAAGCCUCUGAUUCAGUAUUUUAUACAGAGGCAGAGCUCGUGAUUAAGGUUCUGGAUGUGAAUGAUAAUCCACCUGUAUUUACUCAGAAUAUAUAUAAGGUCGCAUUGCCUGAAUUGACUGAUUCAAACACAUUUAUUACAACUGUAUCAGCUACCGACAAGGACUCAGAGACCCAUGUCCCCAUCACUUACAAGAUCAUUUCACCCUUAGAAGGAUUUGCUAUUGACGCAAGUGGCUCUGUAUACACAGAUUUGCCUUUGGGAAAAGAGAAUAAAAGUACAGAGAUUUCAAUUUUGAUAGAAGCCAAGGAUAAUGGCAACCCCUCAUUAACUUCCACUGCAGUGCUGUCUGUUCUUAUACUCGAUGUCAACGACUAUGUCCCAACAUUUUCUGAAGACAUUUACUAUGUCAAUGUCAGUGAAGAUGCUUCAGUGGGGGAUACAGUUCUCACUUUAACAGCAAUGGACUUCGAUUGGUCAUCUGAAAACGCAAACAUUGACUUUUCCAUCAUCAGUGGAAAUGCCCAUAACCUGUUCUGUUUGGAAAGCAGCGGAGUACUCUCCCACGUUCCUUUUAAAGUAGCUGGAAAACUUAUAAUUAAUCAGCCUUUGGAUUAUGAAGAUGCCUCUAGACAUAGGUUAGAGAUAUUUGUGUCGGAUCAAGGUUUUCCUCCUCUAAAUUCCAGUGCAACCAUUAUAAUAGAUGUUCUUGAUUCUAAUGACCACCCCCCACUGUUCAGCAAUUCUGAAUACCAUGUAAGUGUGAGUGAGCAUUUACCAUUAUAUAGUACAAUAAUUAUCAUUUCAACAACUGACUGUGAUACUGGAGAAAAUGCAGAUAUUACAUACAGUAUUGUAACUGGGAAUGAUGAAAGUAUUUUUACUAUUGAUGAGAGAAAUGGUACUGUUACCCUGGUGCAGCCUCUGGAUUAUGAAGAAACCAUGAAAUAUUCAUUGACUUUACAAGCUAAGGAUGGGCAUGGAAGCAACGCAAAUGUGGCAUUUGCCUUACUGUCCAUCACUGUUCUGGAUGAGAAUGACUUUGCACCAAAAUUUCUUUUUCAGAGCCAAAGCUGCAGUAUCUAUGAAAAUGUGCCGUUUUUUUCACCUGUGUGUACAGUUAAUGCUAUGGACUUUGAUUCUGGACAGUACGGCAUCCUCAGCUUCUCCAUUCAGUCCUCCUGCUUUAAUGACCAACAGCACCCAGCCACAUUUUUAAUUGAUUCAUUGACUGGCGAUAUUUAUACUAAGCACAGGAUUGAUUAUGAAAUGCAGGAAAGACAUUGCCUCAUCGUUCAGGUAAAAGACAGAAGUGAGUCCUCUGCUUGUGUUUUAGUUUAUAUAGACAUCGAGAGUGAGGAUGAGUUUCAGCCAGUUUUUUAUCAAAACCAAUAUUUCUUUGAGUUGCCAGAAGAGAACACAGCAGGCCAGGAAAUUGGUAAAGUAGGGGCCUUGGACGAUGAUGAGGGACUUGAUGGAUUAGUACAUUAUUUUCUUGAGAAACCGUCUCAGUUUUUUUCCAUUAAUUUGACGAGUGGGGUGAUAUACCUAACAAGUACUGUACAUAAGAAAAGAAGUAAUGCAAGGAAGAAUGAUGAAUUUAUCGAGUUCCACGUAAAAGCUCAUAGUCCAAAAUUUGAUUCUAAGUCAGCUAAGUGUACCGUCAGAGUUAACAUUUCCUCAGCUCUUGAAGAUUACCCUGUUUUGUCAGCAAACAUACUUUCCAUCACUUUCAGCAUUUCUUUUGUGGUGUUCUUGCUCUUGGCUAUAAGUCUUAUUGGUAUCAUUCUUAGACAUAAGAGAAAAGAAGUUGUAAAUCCUUGCGGGACUAAGAAUGUUACCAUUUCAGCUCCUGACUUAAAAGACUGCAAAAGUAAAGAAUGUCCAAAAUAUGAUCAUAUCAAAACUAGCAUAGCUCCAGAUACUUCUGAGUGGCUUGGAUUAGUUGAUAUAAGAGAAAAGAAAGAGACAGGGCCUAAAUGCAGGAAUUCAGACUCUAGUGGGCAUGGUUCAACAGAAGGAGAAACUGCUGAAGAUGAAGAAAUCAAGAUGAUCAAUGAAUAUCCUAUUAGGAAAGGAUCUGGAUCAGUUUUGAGUGAUAGAGCAUCUCGGGUGCCCGAUUCUGGCAUUCCUAGGGAUUCAGAUUUGCCUUCUUGUGAGUCCGAUGAAACUGACUUGGUGCUUAGGACGGAAAGCACAGAGAGCAUGGCCAUCCUGAGACAUGAUAAAGAUGAAUGUAAUUCAAAUAAUAUUCAUGACAAAGAACUUCCAAACACUAAUCACAGUCCUCUAAAAAACAGUAAAGAUACACCUUUGCAUAACAGAAUGGACUACAUAUUUGUUCCAACCCCACAUGCAUCAAGAUAUGGGUCUCUUGCAUCACUAGUGGCAUCAGAUGAGGAUCUAAGAGGAAGUUAUAACUGGGACUAUUUGCUGAGCUGGGAACCCAGAUUUCAGACACUGUCGUCUGUCUUUUGUGAUAUUGGAAAGUUAAAGGAUGAGAAGAUGCACAGGCAUGGCUUGCCAAAACAAAAAAAAACGUUUGUAUUUCCACCUCCUUUAAUUACAUCUGUAGCACAGCCAGGUAUAAGGGCCGUGCCCCCACGGAUGCCGACUAUAAUGUCUGGACAAACAUUUUUUAAAUACCCACGUUCUCCCUUUUUCACUAAUCUUGAAUGUCAGCCAUCAUCUAUGACCCCAACACUUUCUCCUUCUCUGUCGAUGCUCACAGUACAUACACCUUCAGCGUCUCCUGUGCUUUCAGGUACAGGCGUUUCUGGAACAUCUAUGCCUAGUCUGUCAGAAGAACUACUAAUACAACAAGAGUUUCAAGUGUAAACCUUAAGGCAUUGCAAAGUUUAUUUUAUGGACCAAAUAAAGCAUAUUGUACGUAAUCCAUUAUAUUUCCUAUGGAUAAAAAGGAGAUAUUUAUGUUCUUCUUGUAACAGUGUUAUUCUCGAAAAUCAGCAAGUCAAUGGAGUUUUUAGGCCAACAAAAUGUUACCUUAAGAAAAUUUCUCAAACAUUUGUAUUCUUGUAAUGAAUUGCACACUACAUGGUGGUACAUUUUAUGAUUGUUUCUUUUGUCUAUAGGUUCUACACUUUUUCAGCAGUAAGCUUGUUUUUACAGAUGCAGACCUCAGCAUGUUCAAGUAUUAUAUUUGAGUUCACAUUCAAUUUAGUAUACAACUUCCCAGUUAAAUUUAUACUAGCAACUAAAAUUCGAACCAUUAAUUUUUCAUUGGACUACUGUCAAUAUUGCAUAAGUGCCUUCCCUAUAUUGCCAGAGAGCUAUCACAUCAUGCUGCAUUAUUAUUGCCAUAUAAAAUAUACAAACAAUUGUUGCUUCGGGUGCACAUUAAGAACAAUCAACAGAAAAACAAAUAUUUUCAAAGUUUAUUUUUUCAAAAUGUCAUAACCCCAAUUCAUGAUAAAUCAUUCCGCUCAAUAAUUUACAGCAAAUUUACCUUCAGGCCAAGUUUAGAAUUAAGGAAAUCACUUUAAGGAAGGCACUUUUUUUUCAUUUUCACCCAAGAAAACAAAUAUAUAUAUAUAUAUAUAUAUAUAUAUAUAUAUAUAUAUAUAUAUAUAUAUAUAUAGAUAUAGAUAUAGAUAUAGAUAUAUAUAUAUAUUAUAAUUUCAAAUAAGCCUCAUUGUAGACAACAUUCCAUUAAUAGGGGCAACACUCUAAAAUAAUAUUAUGUUUAUUAUAGAAAUGUCCAUUUACUAGGGCUAAAAAGUCCUAAAAAUCUUUUUGGCACCUUCCGUAUUCAGUGUUCUCUGAAUGAGACCUGAACUUGCAACUGUUGAUAUAUAUGUCAGUGUUAGAACUGCCUUUGCAGUUGAAGCAUUGAAAGCAUUUUUGUGAAUCGAUAAAAUGGCAACAACAGAACAAUAGUAAGUAAAUAGUAAGUAAUAGUUUCUCAAUAUGAAUUAAUGAAACUUUAUAAAGAGAUAAAGAACACUAUGGUCUAUAUUUACUAAAAGAGAAAUAAAACACAAGAUACAAAUAAAAAUAUGGAGUUGCUAGAAACAAAUAAAAGAUGUAUGUCAUGCCAUUUUUAUUUAUAUAAAGUAGUACUAGGGCAAGCUGUAUUUUUUGAAGGUUAAAUUGAAUGCAAAUGCAUACUGUAAAUAUAUGAAUCUUGUGAUUUAUAAAAGUUGAGCACAUGCUCGCCCAACCAGUGUAGACUGACCUAACAGUAUCCUCUGUACAGAGCUAAGUAAGUUAAAGACAUCUCAUCGGGUAUUGUUAAAAUAAAUCAUUUGCAUGUGCAGUUACCUAUAACAGUCAAUCAGGAAUUAGUAGUUCUGCUGCAACUAGAACCCUAAAAGCAAAUUAACCCACAAACUUUUGUUUCUGUUCGUCUCUUUUCACAGUGCAGCUAAUUUAUAUUUUAUAUUAUUAUAUUUUAUAAAUUCUAUAUGUUUACAUAUUGAAACAAAAGCUGACAGUCGAUAUACUGGAAAUACUGGAAAAGUUGUCUAUGUACCAUUGUUUUCUAUUUCUCACAAGAGGAAAAGGUACAAUAUUUCUAGUUUUAUCAGGUCUGUCAUAUUUGGUGCUUCAUUUAGGGCAUUAUUUAGCAAAAUCCUAAUUUAUCUCAACAUGUUCUGCCAAAAACUCAGAAUACAUCCACACUGGGGUUUUUCCCGCUUAUUUAGUAUUAGAUUUUCCCCAAAAUGUGGUUUGCGGGAAAAAAUCUGAAUUUCACGAUUUUUUCAGAUUUUCCACACAAAAACUCUUCUAGGUUUUGCAUGAAACACAGUGAGAUCAAAAAAUCAUUGUGACUUCUCCCAUUGACUUAUAUUCAACCUUGACAGAUCUGAGAUGCCGGAUUUU